GGCCGACUAUGACCCGCCCCCGCGAACCAGAAACAGCCGACAGUCUGCUUGUGACGGAUAGCGCUGGAGAAAGCCAGGCUGGAGCUGCCCUGGGAAGUCAGGAGUCUGCCAGAGUCAACGCAGAACAACGCCAUUUCACCACCAGCUGAAGGAACAGCACACUGAAGCUACAGAAUGGCAGUGGAUAUCUACGACUCUCAGUACCUGCUCAUCCUGGCCCCUUCCCUGGUCAUUGCCCUGAUGUUCCUCUUCUUCUGGCUCUUCAUGAAGGAAACAUCCUACGAUGAGGUGCUGGCCAGGCAGAAACGUGACCUCAAACUGCCACCAACCAAACCAGACCCCCGUAAGAAGAACGAAAAGAAGAAGAGCAAGAAGAAGGAGAGUGCCAGUGGAGGAAGCGGCGGCGGUGGUGGUGGCGGUGGAGGAGAGUCGGAGGAGGAUCUGCGGGAUUUUGAUGUGGCUGAUGUAGCCAACAGCUCCUCUAUGGAAGUAGAAGAGGAACCUGUACCAGCUCCUACACCAGAUCCUGCUCCACCGACACCCACUCCCUAUGUGCCUGUUUCAGUGUCACCAGAGGCACCUACCGGUCUGAGGGAAAGAAAGAAGAAGGAGAAGAAGGCUGCCAAGGCUGCUGCUGCCGCCGCUGCUGCUGCUGCUGCUGCUGCAGCGGCAGCAAGUUCCCCUUCUGAGGAGCCAGAAGUGAAUGGCUCCAAGCCAGUGAGCCGCAAGACAGAGCCACCUCUGGCUGCGAGCAAACAGUCCAGUGUAUCGUCUCUGCAGCUUGAGACUCCUGUCCAGGUUCAGGCUGUUCAGGCUCCUGUUCAGGCUCAGACGCCUCCCCAAAUCUCUGGGAAGAAGAAGGAGAAAAAGAAACAGAAAGUAGAGCCUGCAGCAGAUGACCAGCAGUCAGAAGUUAAAGCAGAGCAGGCCCCAGCACCAGUAAAGAAGGAAGCUCCUGUUGUGGCUGAAACCAAAGUUUUGGAUGGUGCAACUCCAAGUACCACCAGCGGAAAAAAGAAGAACUCCGCAAAGAAGCAGAAGACCGAGCAUGUGGAUGAAACCCAGAUUUUGGCAGACUCAGCAGCUUCUGCCAACCACCAGGCAGCCCAUAAUGAUGAGUUACCAUCCAAAGCAUCUGGCAAGAAACAAAAGAAUGAGACUGAUAAAGAGAACACAGAGGUGAAGCUGAAGGAGCUGCUCUCUGGUCUGUCCAGUCUGGCUCUGUCAGAAGCAGAGGCUGUCAGUGUGAUAGCUCUCCUCAGAGAAAAGAACCCCAAUGCCUUGGAUGCCUGGCACAAAUCUGCUGUGAGGCCUGAUCCUGCUGCCCAGGAACGGGAGAAGCUUCUUACAACUCUGCAGGAGGAGGCCUCCAUUGCCAAAGACAAAGUGAAGCAGCUCAGUCAGGAGCUUCAGGUUGAGAAGCAGAAGACGGGUCGGGUGGAAGCUAUGAUGAGAGAGCAACGUGCAGCCAUGGAGAAAGAGCUGGGAAGCAUGCAAGCCAAAGCACAAGGCAGCUGUCUGGAGCUUCAGGCCAUCCAGAUAAAGUUUCAGCAGGUGAGGGAGCAGCUGGAAAGCCAGAUCACUCGACUGCAGCAGGAGAACGGUAUCCUGAGGGACGCAGUCAGCUCUGCCACCAACCAGAUGGAGAACAAGAAUUCAGCGGAGCUGAACAAGCUGCGUUCUGAAUAUGCCGGUCUGAUGAAAGAGCUGGCAGACAACAACAGCAAGCUGCAGCAGGAGGAGCACCAGAGGAAGUCACUGGAGGUCAGCUACAAGCAGAAUGUGUCCCAGCUGGAGGCCCAACUGCAGGAUGCCAAGCGUCGCUGGGAAGAACUGCAAAACUUCCUCCACAAUGUCAAUGCUGAAAGAGAAAAUCUUCAGGCUUCUAAGCAGGAGCUCCACAGUCAGCUGCUGGGAGUGGAGACGGAGAUGAACAAUAAGAACAAGGAGAUCCAAAACCUCCACAACAGCCUAACUGAAGCCAUGGUAUCCAAGGAGCGGCUGGAGCAGAGAGUGAUGGAGCUUAUGGACAUGUCUCAGCACAGUAUGCCAGACGACUCACUGCAGGCCAGGGUUCAGGAACUUAUGAAUGAAAACAAAGGCUUUCAGGUCCAGAACGAAACGUUGCAAGCCCAGAAUGAGAGCCUGCAGGCCCAGAUCUCUUCACAGGCCACUCACGUCUCCCACAUUGAGGAGCUACAAAAGCUGCUGGCUGAAAAGGAGUUGCAGCGGAAAAGUCUGGAGGAUUCUCUAAAUGCUGAGAGGAGCAGUGGGGCUAGUAGAGAAACUGACAUGCAGGCCUUGCACAAUGAUAACAUGUCACUGAAGGCAGACAUUCAGAAUCUGCAGGCACAGAUCUCUGACCAGACUGCGUCCCAGCUGGCUCUGGACCAGUUCCAGAAGAGUGUCCGGGAGAAGGAGGAGAACAUGAAGACUGUAGAGGGUCUGUUGGAGAAGGGGCUGAUAGAGGUGGCCAACAAGGAAGAGGAGCUCAAGGCAGUAAGAGAAGAGAAUGAGGCGCUGAAGCAGCAAAUCGAGGACUUUAAGAAAAAGACAGCAGAGCAGGCAUCAUCAGAGUCAACAGUGGAAGAUCUUCAGAGCAAGAUCCAAGAGAGGGAUGUGAAGCUAAAAUCAAUGGAAGAGAGUCUACAGGCAGCACAAGACAGCAGCUCUGCCAGAGAGAAGACAGUUGAGGCUCUGGAGCAGCAGUUGGCUGCCCUGCAGGCAGAAAUGGAGCAGCUGAGACAGAAGGAGACACCAGAAGAGCCGAACAGCUCUGCUACCCAGCUCCAAGAACUCCAGGCUCAAAUGGCGGCAAAGGACCAGGAGAUUCAGACGCUGCAGACUGAGCUGGAGACAAGGACAAAUCAGCUGAGUGAGAAGAUGGAGCAGGUACACCAACAGCAGUCGCACACAGGAGUGCCAAGCCCAGAGCUUCUUACAGCGUUGUCGGAGAAGGACAGUCAGGUUACCAGUCUGCAGGGAGAGCUGGCUGAGCUGAGGGACUCCCUGGAGCUUCACAGGAAGAAGAACAACGAGCUUCGGGAGAAAAACUGGAGUGCAAUGGAAGCUCUGUCAGCCACCGAGUCCAUGCUUCAAGGAAAACUCAGCAAAACUGUCAAGGAAAACCAGACAGUGCUGGCAGCGUGUCAGGCUGAAUGCCGAGAUGUUCUGCACAGACUUCUACCCCUUGUGCCUCUGCCCUCUGAACAGAGCCAUCAGGAGUGGCUACACAGAUUUGAGAAGGCAGUAGCUGAAAACUCAACUGCACAAUCCAGUCCUGCAUCAGGGGACUCUGAGGGACUGGCAGAGAAACUGAAAGAAGCUGAGGAAACCCAAAGGAUUCUGCAGAAAGACUGUGAGACGUACAAAAAGGUUUUGGCAGAGACGGAGGGCAUCCUGCAGCGCCUUCAGAGCAGCGUGGAGCAGGAGGAGUCUCGCUGGAGGGUGAAGCUGGAGGUAUCACAGGGGGAGCUCAAAGAGACGAGUCAGAAAGUCACAGCUCUGGAGCAAGAGAUUGAGAGACUAACUGAUGGGGCAGAGUUGGAAAAUCUGAGAAGAGAAAAGCAGCACUUGGAGUCCGAGUUGGAGAGGGCAGAGCGUGAGAGUGCCACCUAUGUGACAGAAGUCAGAGAGCUCAAAGAUCUGUUGACUGAAUUGCAGACCAGGCUUGAUGGCUCAUAUACAGAGGCUAUCAGACAGAAUGAGGAGCUGACAUUGCUGAAAACCCAGCUCACUGAGACGCUGUCCAAGCUGGAGGCAGAGGAGAAUGAGAGGCAAAAAGUGGCUGGUGACCUGUACAAGGCGCAGCAGUCUCUUGAUCUGAUUCAGGGGGAACUCUCUAAUGUGACGGACAACGCUGAUGACCUGAUAGAGAACAGCAGUCUGUCGUCACAGAGAGAGGAGAUUGACAGAAAGGAGAAAAUGACUGCAGGACUUAAUCAAACAGUCAAGGAACUGCAGCAGCUGCUACAAGCCGUCAGCCGGCAACUCGCUAAGGGACAGGAAGGGGAGGCUGACAAAGAUCUGCCCAAGGUAUAGUGAGAGGAGGAUAGAGCCUCAUGCAGCCACCCUGACUGUACUACAGAGACCACCUUUGACUUUCGGUCUUAUCACUACCACAUCACAUCAUACUGUCACACCCAGCCACCUCAUCCCUCCCAAUCUUGAUCGCCUCACCUGUACUGUAGAAAGCCUCCAACUGACUCUGGCAAAGGCACUGGUAAAUCACUCCAGACUCACUGAUGGCAACAAGGGAGCAGGUGGAGGCUACUGUUAAUUCCAGACACUCCAGGCACUAUACCAAAACCCACACUAUGCCACUCCCACCACAUUCCUCUUCUUUAGCAGUAUCACCAGUUAAUUUUUAUUCUAAUCUUAAUGAUGACAUCCAGCAUAAUUUAAAUUGUGUGGCAACCAUUCCUCUGUUUUAAAACGCCUGUAUUUUUCAAUGAAAUCCUUUUGAAUACUGCAGUAGUUUUUGUUGUUAUUUGUCUUGAGGGCAGUGAUACAAAUUUCCAACUUGACUAAGCAAACUUUGGGUUUUCAGUCCUUUUUUUCUUAACUUAAAGAUAUGUAUUGUUUAAAUGUUCCAGUUAGGACCUGCUGAAAUACACUAUGUUGUUGAUCUGUUUGCCUCUUGACCAGAAAACUAUCACAAACUGUGCAUCACCGUGCAUUCAUAGCUCCAUGCAUAACUUGGCUCAGUACUGAGUGGGAGAAGGGAGAUCAGAAGAGGUCUCAGCAUAUCAGAAGGGUCACUACGUGACUGUAACUAUGGAGAUGCAUGGACAAAUUGUACUCAAGUCUGUACUGCAGCUCCAAAGAGAAUGGAGUCCGUGACCCUGGCUGUGCAAAGAGAAGGCCAGGUCAGCAGUGUAGAGGUUUUUAAUCCUUCUGCAACUACUCUAGGAAUAAGCGUCCCAUAUCAUCUGUAAUCAACACUCGCUAUAUUGUUGCUAAAUUCAUUAACACUGAAGAUUUUGUUCUUUUUGUAACGGGUGAUGUUAAUAAAAGGGAUGCUUGAUAAAUCUG